UACCGAUGGUAGCAACGAAGCUCAUUAUUAUAAAAUUGGAAGAAUUACGCCAUUAGAUCUAGAAAACUUAAUCAUAAUUAACUACAAACUGAUUAUUGACUGAGCCAAUAAUUACAAUAUAGAGGAGUGAGAAUGGAAUUGCAGCGAAUCAAAUUUGUGGAUGAUCUUCUACUAUCUCUUGAUCGAUCGUUCGUUCUCGAACUUCAACUUUGAGGGCCUUGAAUUUACACCAAUUACCUAAAGAUUGUGAGGAAGAUGAAGAAAAUUAAAGGAAAAUUGGUUAAAAGAAGCUCACAGACCAACUUGCAUGUGGAUUCAUCAUUGGAAUGGAGCAAAUAUGAUGAAAGAUUGAUGGAAUGUGUUCAUCAAAAUGAUGUCGUCAGACUCAGAGCAACUAUUGCAAAGAAACCUGUAUCAGUUAUUAAACUAAGCCCAAAUGGAACUACGGCAUUACAUACAGCAUGUGAAAAGGGAAAUGUAGAAUGUUUAGAAAUCAUGCUGAAGGAAAAUCCAGAUCUCUCCAUUGUAGAUAGAUCAGGUUGUAUUGCCUUGGGUUUGGCUGCUAAACAGGGAUCAGUAGAAUGCAUAGAGAAGAUCCUGGAGUACAACAGUGACACCAUUGGCUUUCAAGAUUAUCACAAGAAAACAGCCUUACAUUAUGCAGCUGCCAAGGGCCAUUAUGACUGUGUAAAUCGUCUGCUUGAGAAUGAUAAAUAUAUUGAUGUUAGAGAUAAGGAUGGCAGAACACCUUUGCUUAUGGGAAUACAAAGUGGCAAGGAAGAUGUGGUGAAACUCUUGCUGGACAAAGGAGCAAAAGUCAACAUAACAGACAACUCCAAAAAGACUGCCUUGAUGUAUGCCAGCCUUCUUGGCCAUGAAAAGAGUGUAGACCUGCUGCUGAAAAGAGGAGCCAAUUCCAAUCUACAGGAUAGCAAUGGCCACACAGCUGAAGACUAUGCCCGAAUCAUUGGUUAUAAGGAUAUCAUUACUGCUAUUAGAAACGCUCCGACAGUGGCCACAUGGGACGCAGGAGAUGAUAAUGAAGAGGAAAAAGAAGAAGAAAAGGAGGAAAUCUCAAACGGUGAGCUGGUCUUGGCGUUUAACAGCCAUGAAGAGGAAGAUGACACUUCAGUAAUGACAAAUCAUAAUAACAGCAGAAACAUAUCCCCGAAAAUGGUCAGCUCUGUAGGCAGCGAACGAGUAUCACUUCAGGACUCAUUCUCCUCCAAAGCCUCAACUACGAUGUCAUCGCUUACAAUGCAGAGAGAUUUGACAAUUGAUAUCAAGGAGCUCGAGGAAGAAAAUGAAAUGCUGAACCAGGAACUCACCAAGUUGAGGGUACAACAUCAGAAAACAAUCGAAAGACUACGAAUCACAGAAGACGAGCUAAACUCUGUCAAGAAAAAACCUUUGCCUCCAGAUAUAAUUCAUAUAAACGGUUCCAUGGAUAAUGACGAUCUCAUAGAAAAGAAAGAAAGAAGAAUAGAGGAACUAGAAACCCAGAUAUCGAAAUUAAAAAUAGAAUUGGUAACGGAGACAAGGGCGAAACAGAAUGCAGAGAGAGAAAUUGAGACUUUAAAAAUGCAAUUGGAAUCGUAUCAGGCUAAAGAAGAAAACAAUCGUAAUUCACUAAGUGAUGACGAACUCGAUGACUUAGACCUCCCUGGAGUUGAUGAGAUCAAUAGCUCCGAUAAAACACCGCAAAAAGUACCAAGUCCAGAUAUCUUAUCAUCACUCAAUGAUGAAAUCUCGAUGUUAAAAAGACAAAACCAAUCUCUCAAGCAACAGCUAAAGGAACAAAUAAGCAGAGAGAUUAACCAUAACGAUUUGAUAGAAGAGUCGUCUAUACCACUACAAGUAUAUCAACAACUUAAGGAUUCUUCAGAAGAAGAGAUAUUCAGUCUAUCGGAGCAAAUAGAAGAACUAAAAAUUAAAAAUGAAGAAUUAGAAAUCAAGAUCACAGAGACUGUUGAAAAUUGUCAACAAUGCUUAGCAAGGCAAAAAACUGAUGCUGAAAAGGGGUCUGACACGAGUCACAAAAAAUACCUUGAAUCUGAAGUAAAGAGAUUACGAAAGAAAAUGAAGGAAAAAGUAUCAGAAUUCGAAAGAACUCUUAGUCUAUAUCGGCUUCAUCUACUUAGUUCUGUACAGGGGGAAUUAGACCCAGAUGUAAACGAAGCUCUUCAAAUGAUAAUCAGUCUUCGAGCCAGCGAACAGUUCUGCUGACCACGGCCCUAUUCCAAGGUUGAGAAAAAACUGGGGCGAGUUGGCACUGCAGUGCAUUAUGGGACUAUUUUAGGGGAAUGUAUUUUGCCUAAAAAAGUACAACAAUGCACUGCGGUGCAAACUCGACCAAGAUUUUCUCUUAGCCUCGGAAUGGCUAAUGAUCCUCGUCAUUUAUAUGAACCCUUCUCAAAAUCAUCUGGGAUGCAUCAAAACAGAAAAGAAAUCACACUUUUUCUCGAUGGACUUUGUGGCAUUUCAUUUGUAUUUCCAUGUUAGGCUCGCAUUCAAGAUAAUUUUUAAAAGGGUCCAUUAGAAGACUUUCAUUUAUGAAGCCAAAGGGUUGUCAGUGGCAAAACUCUCGGUGAGAGCCAGAGGUGGGUUUGGAAAUUUUGCUACUUUCUCCUCCAUCACCGAAAGUCAAAGGCCAAAGUCAAAAACUCAGUUGAUGACUAACCGACUAUAAAUCAAAAAAUGUAUUUUCGAAACGCUUUCGUUUGUGAUGAUGGCGCAAGUAUUUCCAUCUUAUGUAGAGGAGUGAUACCAAUUUAUCAGAAAUCUCAGUGAAUGACUGCCAUAACGCCAUCUUUUUUGCGCAUACCUCGUUCAGGUUUAAAAUCGUUAACAAAUCUAGCCCUAGUGUUUCUCGGUGUUAAUUUCUCAAAAUUGACAACCAGCUGUCACUAUAAUCUCUCCCAGUCACCUGUCACUCAUAUACGUUCUUAGUAAAGUACGAAACUGAGUUCGUUAGGAGACGGAGACUACUUUUUUGUGACAUACUGUGAGAGACAAACUGUCAUAGUAUUCCAUAAAAUUUGUAUAUAAGAAUAUCAUAUGAAAAAUAAAGUUUAUUAAUAACACCU